AUGUAUUCUCGGGUAUUAAGGCAGAUAGACGAAGAGCACGCUGGACUGGUGUCCAAAAUCUUGCAAUGGCUGGCAUAUUCAACACGGCCACUGUAUAUCGAGGAAGUCGCCGAGAUAGCCACAAUCAACUCUAGUCAGCGAUUCUCCGACCCGCGCAGGGUCCUGGAGUUGCUCCCAAGCCCCCUGGUGACGAAGACAUACACCAGUGACGAGUCCGAUUCGAGCGAUUUCAAAGAGCAUCAGCAGCAGUUGCAUCUAGUACAUCCCUCUUUCAAGGAAUACUUGCUAUCGUCGGAGAUCCAAACAGGACCGGAGAGCCGUUAUGCCAUCGAUCAAACAGAAUCUCAUGCCGCAAUUUCCGAGGACUGUCUCAAGUACCUUCUCCAGUUCAAUCAGCCAUACACUACCGUUCCGGACGUAGUCCAGUCCUCUUCUCUCCUACGCUAUGCCGCCAACUACUGGGCCGUACAUGCUAGACAUGCAGGCUCAAGGAUAUCGAGAAUCCAACCCUUGAUAUGGGAGUUAUUCGCCGCUGAAAAUGCGUAUCUCAACUGGACAGCCUUUUUAGAUGGGUAUCAGCCAUUUAAUGAGCACAACAAUAUUGAUGGGGAUGCUCUGGCCCCACCUCCAAAUCCUCUCUACUACGCUUCGUCCUAUGGGCUGGCUUCCGUGGCCCAAGACCUUCUUCAGAGUGGAGCUCCAGUAGAUAGCCAAGGGCCAUCUGGGACAGCACUGGCUGCAGCAUCUUUAUCCGGACAUAAUGACACUGUGCGACUGCUCAUUGACAACGGAGCAGACGUCAACUCCGAAGGACCUCUAGGUAGACCACUUGAUUUGGCUGCUAGUAACGGCCAUUUCCAGGUAGUUGAACAUCUUCUGGAAAGGGGAGCCAAGUAA